UCAGUGCUCGACCUCAAUUGUAAUAAAAAUCAUGAUUGUAGUAAAAGGCCUUUUAUAUUUGAAUUGGUAGUGUAACUGGAAUAUCCAGAGAUUUUGGUGAAGUGGAAACUACUAAAUGUUUGUAUGCCACGUUUAUAGUUGUAAAUCCUGAAACUUUCGGUAUCGACUAGAUACGCAAAUUCGCAAUGAUUAGUUUGUUUUCAACGUGUUUAAUAAUGGCAGUGACAGUUAUGUCAGUUCACGGUGUCACCGUCCUAACAAAUAACGAAACCCUUAUAGCUGAAGAAAUUUUAAACAGUCUUGGACCACGGUCAAUUAGACCGGUACUCAACUCUUCAACAGUAGUGAAAGUGGCGAUGUCUUUUGUGUUAACUCAAAUAAUUGAGCUGAAUGAUAUUCUACAGGAACUGAAAGUCGCUGGCUGGUUUACACUGGAUUGGACGGACGAACGCAUAAGCUGGAAUGCAUCUGACUACGGUGUCGAUUGUGUUCUUAUUCCCGUAGACGAAAUUUGGAAACCUGAUAUAAUACUUGACAACAAUGUUGACGAAGAAUACAACCAAUUCCUACCGGAUGCACCAGUGAAGGUAUGCUCUGACGGAAGGGCAACAUACACAGCAUACUCUAUAUUUCAAAGUUCAUGCAAUAUCAACAUCCAAUUAUUCCCAUACGAUUAUCAAUCAUGCAAGCUGCGAUUUUCUUCUUGGAUUCAUGACGAGUCGGAAAUCGAUAUCCAACCACUGCUCCGUUUUUUGGAUCAAGAAGAUCAGUUCAAAGACAAUGGAGUUUGGACACUUCAGCAUGUAGAUGCAACAAGCAUUGUGGAAAAUUACAAACCAAGUAACAAACCGUUUGUUUAUGCUGUCUUCUCUAUUCAUCUCUUACGACGCCACGAGUUUUAUUUACUAUUUAUUUUGAUACCUUACUUUUUCUGCUCCGUUCUCAUCUGUUUGAUGUUCUUUGUUCCGUUUGAUAGCGGUGAGAAACUAUCGUACGGAAUAACAGCUGUGUUAGGAAUGAUUGUUUUUCAAGAAAUCAUUGCGUCUGCUUUGCCACCAGUUGGGAACCAUUCCUCUGUUGUAGGAAAAUACUUCACUUCAGUAAUAUGUAUUGGAAUCGUAUCAGUGUUUGUGGAAAUUGUAGCAUAUAAUAUAUAUAUGCAAGGAAAUUUAUACAAGGCAUGCGUGUAUGUAUUACGCUAUUAUGAAAUUAAAAGGAAACCGGGACCAAACAACAACUAUCAGAUGGGGAAUAUUGGAGAAUCUGAAACAGAGCAAGAUAGUAAAGAAAGAGAGGAAGAAGCCGCCGAACACACAAAGAAAUUACAAGCUUAUUGUACAUUUUUUGAUUUGUGCUUCGGAUUAAUGUGUCUUUUAAUGAUAUUCGCAUUAAUGUUAUGGUUUGUAAUAAAAAUUUAAAAUUUCUUGACUUUUAUUUACGUACCUGAAACAGUAUUUUUGCUACAUGGUGAGUUGUAAGAAUUCAGGAAAAUGGAAAAAGUAUGGAUUUUACAAUAUAAACAGGUAAUAGGCCUAAAUUAUAAGACAGUAGAAAGAUUGAGUACUACUAUGUCUAUGUAAGGUUGAAUUUAAGGUAUGAGACAAACUCAUGUUACUGUAACUAAAAAAAAAGACCUGACUGACUUAAAAACAUUACGAAUAGUAUUGGUAUCAUAUCAUUUUGAUAUCAGAAAUAAUAAGCGAUUAUAAUACUGUACAAUUCGUAAAUAUAUAAGCCCAAAAGCAAAAUAUUAGAUUAAUUGGUUCAGACUAAGAAGCUUGCUAAGUUAUGAAAUUAUUAGUCUCUGUUUGUGAUAUAAUUCUUAAUUGAAAUUGGUUAAGAUCACGUGUAAGUGAAAAACAAAAGUAUUAUUUACUAGUAUAUAGUGAUUAUUGGAUCCAGUGUCUAAACAAACAAGUCUUUCAAUCCCAGUUAAGGACCGUAAUGCAUAUAACUGUUUGAACAAUGUGAUACUGACUAAAGAGAAUAAAUUCAUAUUUUAUGAGUCUU